AUGACGCCUCCUCCUCCCGGACGUGCCGCCCCCAGCGCACCGCGCGCCCGCGUCCUCAGCCCGCCGACUCGGUUCGGGCUCCCGCUGCGGCAGCCACUGCUGCUGCUGUUCUGGGUGGCCGCCGCCUCCGCCCAAGGCCACUCGAGGAGCGGACCCCGCAUCUCCGCCGUCUGGAAAGGGCAGGACCAUGUGGACUUUGGCCAGCCUGAGCCCCACACCGUGCUUUUCCAUGAGCCGGGCAGCUUCUCUGUAUGGGUGGGUGGACGUGGCAAAGUCUACCUCUUCAACUUCCCCGAGGGCAAGAACGCCUCCGUGCGCACGGUGAACAUCGGCUCUCCAAAGGGGUCCUGCCAGGACAAGCAGGACUGCGAGAACUAUAUCACUCUCUUAGAGAGGCGGGGAAAUGGGCUGCUGGUCUGUGGCACCAAUGCCCGGAAGCCCAGCUGCUGGAACUUGGUGAAUGACAGUGUGGUGGUGCCACUUGGUGAGAUGAAAGGCUAUGCCCCCUUCAGCCCGGAUGAGAACUCCCUGGUUCUGUUUGAAGGGGAUGAAGUGUACUCCACCAUCCGGAAGCAGGAAUACAAUGGGAAGAUCCCUCGGUUCCGCCGCAUCCGGGGCGAGAGUGAGCUGUAUACAAGUGAUACAGUCAUGCAGAACCCACAGUUCAUCAAGGCCACCAUUGUGCACCAAGACCAAGCCUAUGAUGACAAGAUCUACUACUUCUUCCGGGAGGACAAUCCUGACAAGAACCCAGAGGCUCCUCUCAAUGUGUCCCGAGUGGCCCAGUUGUGCAGGGGGGACCAGGGUGGUGAGAGUUCUUUGUCUGCCUCCAAGUGGAACACCUUCUUGAAAGCCAUGCUGGUGUGCAGUGACCCAGCCACCAACAGGAACUUCAAUCGACUGCAGGAUGUCUUCUUGCUCCCUGACCCCAAUGGCCAGUGGAGGGACACCAGGGUCUAUGGUGUUUUCUCCAACCCCUGGAACUACUCGGCUGUUUGUGUGUAUUCUCUUGGUGACAUCGACAAAGUCUUCCGUACCUCUUCACUCAAGGGCUAUCACAUGGGCCUUCCCAACCCUCGACCUGGCAUGUGCCUCCCCAAAAAGCAACCCAUACCAACAGAAACCUUUCAGGUUGCUGAUAGUCACCCAGAGGUGGCACAGAGGGUGGAGCCCAUGGGGCCACUGAAGACACCAUUGUUUCACUCUAAGUACCAUUACCAGAAGGUGGUCGUCCACCGCAUGCAGGCCAGCAAUAGAGAGACCUUCCAUGUCCUUUAUCUAACCACAGACAGGGGCACUGUUCACAAGGUGGUGGAAUCAGGGGACCAGGGACACAGCUUCGUCUUCAACAUCAUGGAGAUCCAGCCCUUCCACCGUGCAGCUGCCAUCCAGGCCAUAUCAUUGGAUGCUGACAGGCGGAAGCUAUACGUGAGCUCCCAGUGGGAAGUGAGCCAGGUGCCCCUGGACAUGUGUGAGGUCUACAGCGGGGGCUGCCAUGGCUGCCUCAUGUCCCGAGAUCCCUACUGCGGCUGGGACCAGGACCGCUGCGUGUCUAUCUACAGUUCCCAACGGUCAGUGCUGCAGUCUGUUAACCCAGCUGAGCCACACAAAGACUGUCCCAACCCCAAACCAGACGAUGCCCCACUGCAAAAGGUUUCCCUGGCCCGAAACUCUCGAUACUACCUGACCUGCCCCAUGGAGUCCCGCCACGCCACCUACUUAUGGCGCCAUGAGGAGAAUGUGGAACAGAGCUGUGAGCCAGGCCACCAAAGCCCUAGCUGCAUUCUUUUCAUCGAGAACCUCACGGCCCGUCAGUAUGGUCACUAUCGCUGUGAGGCCCAAGAGGGUUCCUACCUCCGUGAGGCUCAGCACUGGGAGCUGCUGCCUGAGGACAGAGCUCUUGCUGAACAGCUAAUGGGCCACGCUCGGGCCCUGGCCGCCUCCUUCUGGCUGGGAAUCCUGCCCACACUCAUACUUGGCCUGCUGGUUCACUAGGGCUUCUAGGAGCAUGGUGCACCCCAGGCUUCUGUAGCCCAGGAGUACUAGAAAUAAGUCACACUCACAGCCGGCCGGCCCGGGAGCUCGUUGUCCACCGAUUCUUCCAGGGGUACUAAAUGAUCCAGUGGGGGACAAAGGGCCUGGAGAUGUCCAGCCGCAGGCGGCUGCUGGGGCCCAGGUGGGUAGGGACAGUGAGGGACUGCAAAAUGAAGGCACCGACUGUGAAGCUGGGCCAUCAGCGACCCCAGACUUUAUCUUCCCGAGACUAUUUUUCAAAAUCUCCUCACACUUGACUUCAUGCAGCGAUGCACUUGGCCUGAGAGCCCAGCAGCCUGGCAGUGGGCUUUGGGAAGGAAGCUGGGACCCCCAUCUCUGGACCUUGGGGCCCAGGCCUGGGUCCUUUGGGACCACUGUGCCCAACUGCUUCCUUCCCUGCCCCACUGCUGGGUGGCCAGUGUUCCUGCAGACCCAGGCUGUUCCUCUGCACCUCCCUUACAGCCUGGGUCCCACCGGACAGCGCCUUGCAUGUUUAUUGAAGGAUGUUUGCUUUCCGGACGGAAGGACGGAAAAAGCUCUAUUUUUAUGUUAGGCUUAUUUCAUGUAUAGCUACUUCUGACUGCAUCUGUAUGAA